AUGGAGGGAUCUCGACUGAUCACGGACAUGACAGUCCUCGGCGCUCGUGUCACUCAGUAUCAGCAGACCACAAUUGAGCGACUUGAGAGGCAGGUUAGACGUAUUGACAACGAGAGGCAGCUGCUUCUGCUCGACAAUCGCGACCUUUCCGAGGUCUCGUCUGUUGCUGCCCUUGGGGGAAAAGGCAGUACUGCGCAGGUGGAUCAGGCGAAGGAUGAGCUCAGGAUAGUGCGCUCAGAGCUUGAGAUCGCGCGUCAAUUGGCCGAGUCUGCCAAGGCGGACGCCAGCAGGUUCUCAAGUGUUGGUGGCACGACGAAAAGGGUUUCGUCGAGCGCUGGGGAUCCGGGCGCUCGAGGCGUCAUACAACCCCUGAUAUGGAACGGUACCACCAUUGCUCCGGAAAUCGGAGCCCAGGAUCGUGAGCAGCUCAAGAACUUGCUGGGCUCGAAGAAGUUGCAACAGGCGGGCGCGAACUACAUGAACUUAGCCGCGGCGUCGGCGGCGGUACCAACCAUCCCCGACAAGCGCCCCAAUGGCAACGCUGAGGUAGCGAGUGGAGCAGACAAAACCAAAAUCGGAGCUACGGAGGGUGUGGUAGAGAUAAAGUCAUCCAACCCUCGCAAGCGUCCGGCGAGUACUGUUGGAGGGCCAUCCGGGCCAGCUGAGAAGAAGCGUCAUGUGUCAGGGCGUGAAUCUAGGUGA